AUGUUACCAAAAUCCCAACAACAACAUCUACAACAACAACAACAGCAACAACAACAACUGGAACAACAGGAACAACAGGAACAACCAGAACAUAUCCAACAAUAUUCACAACAGCUUCAAAAUACACAACUUGAACAACUGUUUCACCAACUGUCACAAGUACAAUCGCAACAUUCUUUAUCGCAACAACAAGCGGCACCCAGUAGCUUUACUCUGACCAACAGACCUUUACAAUCCACCUCCCCACAGAAACAACAGCAACAACAACUACAACAGCAAAACCAGUCACAGCAAAACACAUUUCCCAUUCAACAAUCUACAAGUACCGGUCCUCAACAACAAUUGGCUCUGUCUUUCCGGCCUAAUAAUUCACAAACGAUCCCUGUUCAAGCAUUCUACCAUCCACUACAGUAUUCACACCAGAUGCCACCACAUAACAAUCAACGACAAUUGACACCGCAGCAACAGCAACAACAACAACAACAACAACAGCUUCAACAGCAUCAACAGCAUCAACAGCAUCAACAGCAGUUUUCGCAACAUAUGCAGCACUCUCAACCACUGUUUUAUGACAACAACUACAUGUAUCAAACUAUACCUACAAAUUACCAACCACGACCACAACUACCUCUUCAACAACAACAGCAGCAGCCUCUACAGACAGAGUAUUAUAUACCUGCUAAAAACCCCUCUGUGUCAUCAUCAUCACCAACUUCCUCAUCCCCAAAAGACCGAAAAGCAAAAGCUGCUACUAGUCCUGUUGAAACUCAUGAAUUAGUCAUUUUACCCAAUUUCCCUGAACGGUUGCAAAAGAUUCUCCCCAAUCCUCCAUUAUCCAAAGCUCCAGUUCGUCCUGAUAUUACCGUUUCAACCACAGCAAAAAGAGCUAAACGUAAAUCUAAAUUUACACCCGAACAAGAUGAAUUAAUUGUAAGUUUGAAACGAAAGGGUAAAAAUUGGGUUGAAAUUGCUGAAAUCACUGGUGUUGGAUCUUAUUUAACUGCAAGAAAUCGAUAUCAAGUUAUUGUUGGACAACAAGGAAACAAUAAUUCAAGUGCUUGGGAUAAUAAUGAUAAAAUUUUCUUGAGAAAUUUAUUAGACCCUGCUGAAUUUGAAAAAUGGAGAUAUAUUGCAUCUGAAUUGAAUAAGUCAACCAAUAAGAAUUUUAGUGAUUUUGAAGUUCGAGAAAUGGUUCGUGUUUUAUUUUGGCUGAAUCCAGCAAGUUUUGGUGUUAGUGAAGAACUGAUUAAAGAAGCAGUUAAAGAAAAGAAACAAACUGAUAAAACUAUUGAACAAAGAGAACAACAACGUAAGAAGAAAAUGAGUAAUGUUGUUGGUGUUGGUGGAAGUGGGGAUAGUAGUAGUAGUAGUAGUAGUAGUAGUAGUAGUACUAGUAGUAGUAGUAGUAGUACUAGCACUGGUGGAGGUGAUGCGACUACUAGUGAUCAAAGAAGUCAUUACCAUGAGGACCAGUCACAGAAGCAACAAUCUUCAACAGACUUAUACAGCAAACCAUUUUGA